AUGGCCGUGGCUGGGACGGGGCUAAGGCCUGGGGACGGCGACGGGCUGGGUGGCGGCGACGGCUCGGGCGAGCGAAGCGGGUUCUCUCCCUUCCGAACGGUCGGGCGUAGACAGCCUGGGCUUGUGGAGCCUGUGGCGGCAUGGGCAAACGGCGAAAACAAGCUGGAGCCGAUCAAUGUGUGGGCCAAGAUUCCGCCAGUUGCAGUGCCAUCGAUCUCCAACGCCGAGGCCGCGUUCGAGGAAGGAACCGAGGACUUUCUGGAUCUGAGGGCAGCGGCGCUGCGCGAGUCGGCAGCAGCGGUUGAUCGGCUCGCCGCGCGGCAGCGCAUCAAAGGCAACGUGCGGGCGGCCAAGCUCGCCGGACGGUAUGCGCGGGUGGAGGCCGAGGUGCGGCGGGCGCGGCUGGCGUCGUCUCUGUUGGGCGAAAAGGUCGAACCGCCGAUGCGCAAGCUUGCGCACAAGAAGCGCAAUUACAAUCAGUUUGGUGCCGGCGCCGCCCUCUCUGCGGCGGCGAUGCUGAAGGUGCCGCUGCCGCCGCGGCGGCGGCGGACGGUACAGAAAGAGUCUGAAGCCGCUCAUGCGUACACGGUGGCGCUUCUCGGAGACUCAGAGUCCGACUCUGACUCUGACGAGGGCAUUGCCGGGCGAUUGGGUACCCGGCGGCGCGACCGUCGCGGUAAGUCGGGUCAGCAGGCGUCGGGUCCGGUGCGGCGGCGUGAGGUUGACUCGAGCGCUCUGGAGAUGCUGGAUGAAGAGUCGUCGACUCUGCUCGGCAUGCAAGCGUCACUGCAGGCGCUGCAGGCUGUCCAGCGCGAGUUUGCCGAAGCUCUCAAGGCCGAGGAGGUCCAGCUGCCUCGGGCGCCAACCGAGCGGCGGCGACUGUUGCGAUCUAAGACCUGGCUAGACGCGUACGAAGAUGUCACGCUUGUGGGCGACGGGGAUGACGAGGCGCGAAUGCUCAAGUUUGCGCGUGCGCUGCUGGAGACCGACGUCGACGUCUCGUACGCGGCUCACGAGAAUGCCGGCAUGUACGACUACCUUGCGCCGACUUCGGCCUCGGUCUCGCUCAAGGGACCGUCUGCGUCCAAGUCGGGCGUCACGCCGUCCGAGUUUGUCUCGUUUCCACGGCCAGUGCUGCGACAGGCCGAUGUGGCGCGGUUGCGGUCGCAAACGGGUGCUGCGUCGCGGGCCGGUAGCCGGACGGAAAAGAACGGCAUGCCUGCGCGGCCAGCGACUGUGGCGGGCUACUACGGCGGCGACCACACUGCCGCUGACGACAUGCGGUCGGCGUGGCUUGGUUCUCAGCUGCGUGCCAACACGGCGACGGCGCUGACGAACAAGCGGGUGACGGCAGUGGUCGAGGCCAAGACGGCCGCCAAGCGCGAGAAGGCAAGGCAGCGGGCGCGAUCGCGAACCAACUCGAUUUCCAGCGUGCGGACGAGGCAGCGGCCUGCCACAGCUGCGCGUUUGCGCCAGCCGAGGCCGAGCACCUCGGUUCCUGUCCCGCGGCCCAAGACGGCCAAAAAGACGCUGCAGAAGCGCCGGGCAAGCACGCGCCAGGGCUACGCCCGGCCGUGGACAUCGACUCGCAAGGACUCUCUCGCUCGCAAGGCAUCGCCGCAAAAGUUGCGGACCGGCUCGGCGUCGGCGAUGCGCAAGCGGCAAGUGGCGCUCCAGUCGCAGCGGUUUGUCGGCUCGGCUAGGCCGGCGACGGCAGCGGCACCGACCCGGCCCUGGUCGCAGCGUGUGCCAGUUAUUCCGUACACCCGCAAGGCAAGCACGCCUCUCCCCCCGCCUGAAGUUGUCGUGGCCAAGGACGACGAAGGAGCGGCCGCGGCGGGCCAAGACAGCCCCGAGUCCAGCAAGGGACGGCGCUCGCGCUCACGCCGGCUCGGAUCGUCUGAGAAGGACAAAGGCAGAGGGAGAGACAAGGGCAAGGGCAAGGGCAAGGGCAAGGGCAAGGGCAAGGGCAAGAACAGGGCCGAGAACGCCGCUCAAGAGGGUAGCAUCAGCUCCCUCCGUGUCCAGACAUCGUGGACACGGUCUUCGGGGUCAGCGUCGCCUUUGAGCCCCAACUCUAGCUCUGGCUCUGGCUUGAACUUGGGCCUGGGAUUAGACUCUGGCCCUGGCUCUAGUUCUAGCUUGGAUGGCUCGUCCAACUCGUCGACGGGGACAGUGGUGGAGUCGAUGUCGCGGUCGACGAUUUCGCAGCAAGACUUUUGGGCCGACAGGCACGGGGCCCAGGGCGCGCUGGCGCAGUCGCUGGGCAAGACGCUAGAGGCUGAGGGUGAGGUGCUGGAGAGUUUUACGAGCAAGCUGGCGCAGUACGAGCAGCGAGUGGUGUCGCCGAUGAAGAAGAGCCACCGGCCGUCCUCGCCGGAGAACCCGAUGCUCUCGAUGUCGUUGGCGGAUCUUGUGGCGACCAAGGGCUUUGCGUCCGAGGCCGAGGUGGCGGAGAGCCUUGCGCAGUACGAGUCGUUAGCGUCACUGCAUGCGAUCUCUAUUGAUGACAUGGACAAAGAGACUGGUGAGCAGCUGCUCAUCACAGAGCGGGAGGUGCUGCUGGCGAAUCCGGAGCAUUUGCGUGACCUUGCCGACCAUGUCAUCGUGCCUGCGGCUCGGACGAUGGUGCCGGGUAAGUACUUUCGGCACAUGGGCCAGGAGCUCCGUGUCGAUGCGUGGCGGCGCGAGUUUGAAGAGGUCAACAUUGUGGCGACGGCUGAGCUUGCGGCAGCGCUAGAGGAGCGGCUGGUGGAUCGGCGACGGGUGCUGGCGCACGAGGACCAGCUCAAUGAGGCUAUUGUCCAGUCGACUGAGGCUGCGAGUCGGGCGGCGCGGUACGCAAGGGCGGCGACAGCGCAGGGUGCGCGGGUCGACUCGGUGUGGAAACGGGCGGCGACGAGUGUGGAAGAUAGCCAGCGCGAGCGUGAGUGGGGCGCGUUUCAUCAGGGCCUCCUCAAGUACAUGGCCAUGUCGGGCGUGUACGUCUCAUCGUGGCUGCAAAAGUACAUCAGCGCGCUGGAGCGGCUGAUCCUCGACGGCAGCAGCGGAGCCAUGCUCAACAACCAGUUCUACAUGCGGGCGGCCGACGAGCUGAGCGAGGCGCCGUUUGAGGAUGUGGCACUCGAGCCCGAGUUCCAUGCGGUGCUCCAGUUCAUUGCGUCAUACACUCGCGUGCCGGCGCUCAAGCUUCAGGUCUACCUCACCCACCUUGGCAUUCAUCCGUCACAGGCCGAGGAGCGGCGCAAGUACCUUGCACACAAGGCUGUGCUUGAUGCGGCGGUGGAGGAGCCCGAUGAGAUGCCGGAGGACGUGAUUGCACGGCUCCGCGCCGAGGUCGAGGGUCUGGACUAG